AUGGGGAGUUUUAUUGUGGUUAACUGUCUGCUGAAUGUCCUGCUAAUGCUCCCAUCAAUCACUGGCAAUGUUUUCGUGUUGGCCAUAUUGAGAACCUCUUCUCUUCGUUCACCGUCCACAAUUUUCUUAUGCAGUCUCGCUGUCUCAGAUCUUCUUGUUGGUAUGGUUGUACAACCAUUUUACAUCGCACAUCAACUGAAUCCUGGACCGAGAUUAAAAGAUGCAUUCGACGCCUUCUCUUCUUUAUUAGGCUGCGGCGUUUCUUUGUGUACAGUGACAGCGAUAAGUGUGGAUAGGUUUUUGGCUUAUCACAUGCGAUACCCGAAUCUGAUGACGGAUAAACGCGCAAUGUACAAAUCGUUAAGUCUUUGGUUCUUGAUGAACCUUGCAUCAUGUCUUUAUGUAUGGAACAUGACCUAUGCGAGACUAGCCUUCGUUCCCAGGAUUGCCAUUUGUAUCUUGGUUUCUAUUUUUCUUUACAUCACAAUUUAUCAAAUUGUUCGAAGACAUGAGCUUCUGAUUCAUAUACAAUAG